AUGAGUGACCCAAUGAGUGACCCAAUGAGUGACCCAGUGAGUGACCCAGUGAGUGACCCAAUGAGUGACCCAGUGAGUGACCCAAUGAGUGACCCAAUGAGUGACCCAAUGAGUGACCCAAUGAGUGACCCAAUGAGUGACCCAAUGAGUGACCCAAUGAGUGACCCAAUGAGUGACCCAAUGAGUGACCCAAUGAGUGACCCAAUGAGUGACCCAAUGAGUGACCCAUUGAGUGACCCAGUGAGUGACUCAAUGAGUGACCCAAUGAGUGACCCAAUGAGUGACCUAGUGAGUGACCCAAUGAGUGACCCAAUGAGUGACCCAUUGAGUGAGUGA